AUGUCGAUUCUUCAGCUGGUCGAGGACCGGCCAACGCCCAAGGAGGUGUACAACUGGAGAGUGUACCUCCUGGCAGCCGUCGCGUCGUGCACUUCCUGUAUGAUUGGUUAUGACAGCGCCUUCAUUGGCACCACGCUGGCCCUGGACUCGUUCAAAGCCGAGUUCAACUUCGCCGCGAUGACGGCUCCCGAGAAGGACCUGCUGAGCGCCAACAUCGUUUCUUGCUACCAGGCUGGUGCCUUCUUCGGGGCCUUCUUCGCGUACCCCAUUGGUCAUUUCUGGGGACGCAAGGUGGGUCUGAUGGCUGCUGCGUUGAUUUUUACUCUCGGUGCUGGUCUCAUGCUAGGCGCGAAUGCGUCGCGUGGUCUGGGUAUCCUCUACGCUGGCCGUGUCCUGGCUGGGUUGGGCGUGGGUGCCGGUUCAAAUAUCACCCCGAUCUACAUUUCUGAACUGUCUCCCCCGGCUAUUCGAGGUAGACUUGUGGGUGUGUAUGAACUGGGAUGGCAGAUUGGCGGAUUGGUGGGAUUCUGGAUUAACUAUGGUGUCGACGUGACCAUGGCCCCGAGCCACAAGCAGUGGUUGAUUCCCUUUGCCAUCCAGUUGAUUCCCGCUGGCCUCCUGCUCAUUGGCGGAGUUUUCAUUCGGGAAUCGCCUCGUUGGCUGUUCCUGCGGGGCCGACGCGAGGAGGCCAUCAAGAAUCUUUCUUGGAUGCGCCAGCUGCCCGAAGAUCAUAUUUAUCUCAUCGAAGAGAUCGGGGCUAUUGACCAAGCCCUGGAAGAACAGCGCUCGACCAUUGGAAUCGGGUUUUGGAAGCCUUUCAAAGCUGCCGGAACGAACAAGAGAGUCAUGUGGCGUUUGUUCCUGGGUAGUAUGCUGUUCUUCUGGCAGAAUGGCUCUGGUAUCAACGCGAUCAACUACUACUCGCCGACGGUAUUCAAGUCGAUUGGCGUUAAAGGCACUAACACCAGCCUGUUCACCACGGGUUUGUUCGGGGUGGUCAAGACGGUUGUGACUUUCAUUUGGCUUCUGUGGUUGAUCGACCGCGUCGGACGACGGCUCUUGCUGCUGGUCGGUGCAGCUGGCGGUUCCGUGUGCCUGUGGAUUGUCGGCGCAUAUAUCAAAAUCGCUCAGCCCGAGAAGACUGAUAAGGCCGAGAUGAACGGCGGUGGCAUUGCCGCCAUGUUCUUCUUUUAUCUGUGGACCGUCUUCUAUACCCCGACCUGGAACGGUACUCCAUGGGUUCUCAACUCGGAAAUGUUCGACCCGAACAUGCGUUCUUUGGCGCAAGCCUGUGCGGCGGCUUCCAACUGGCUAUGGAACUUCCUGAUCUCGCGGUUCACGCCGCAGAUGUUCACUGCCAUGGGAUACGGCGUGUACUUCUUCUUCGCCUCGCUCAUGAUCCUCUCCAUCAUCUUUGUCUUUGUCUUCAUUCCCGAAACCAAGGGUGUGCCGCUUGAGAGUAUGGACCAGCUGUUCGAUGUUAAACCGGUCUGGCAUGCCCAUGACAAGAUCGUCUCUCAGCUGCGCGAAGAGGAAGAACAGUUCCGUCACAACAUCGAGGAAUCCGGUAUUGCGGCCAAUAAGAUCGGUGCGCAGGAGACUCAGGUGGAGAACACGGCGGACGAGCAGAACGUGAAGUAUGCAUGA